AUUUGGCCAAUUAUGAUGACGUGAAAGGUAGAUGUUUGUGGACCGCAAGCAUGGCAAUAGAAUUGGCUGUGUGAGAGUUGCUUAAUUAAAUAAUGAACAAAAGACACCGAGCAAUGACACCGACUAAGAAGUCACCAACAACCGACUUAGAUUUUUCUGGCUAUUGCAUAUUAUGCCGCAAGAGCUACAAGAAAAAGGAUGUGCACGAACAUAUGCAGGGUAUUCUACACCACCAGGAACUUGAGAAAAUAAAGGGCAGCGACUGUCAGCACUGGUGCAGCUUGUGCAAAGUGUUCUCGAAGGGUCUGGUGGAGUACGGCGAGCACAUAUCCACCCAGUCGCACAGGGACCGGGUGCGGAACCCGCCGCGGAAGGCCAAGCCCUUGUGGCUGGACCGGGAACUCGGCGCCGAGCUCCUGUCUGUGGUCAAGCAGAGGAACAAAGAACUGCAGAAGACGGAGAAAAAGAUAAAUUUGAAGGGGUCUAAACCAACCCAAAACAAGGCAGCACUGCUUAACCCGGAGAAGCAGAUAGUUCAACAGCUGAACAAUCCUGAAACUUCAAAGCAAAAGACAUCGAAGCAGAAGAAACAAAAAGCUUGGAAGAAAGCCAAACAGAAAGCGAAGAAACAAAAGGCCAAUGGCGAGGCAGAGAAGCGACCCCUGCUGGACGCAUUUGGAUCGCCAUCCGUUGGUCAUACGGCACAGAACAAAGAGAACAGGCGAUCCGGGGGUCUCCGGUUCUGUCCCCCAGCUACACCGCAGAUGCACCGCGGAGCUCCGGGCCGCCCACAGAGCCCUAAAUCUGACCAGUUAAGUAACCCAUUCUCACCCGGUAAGCCCACUCACGUGGAGACCCAGAAUAUUGACUUCACAAGUGCCCACAUACCUCUAAACCGAGGCGUUUCAGUCGACCCGAGGGAGGUUCUUUCUGGCAGAACCUCCGGCUCAGAUCCCUCUGGUCGGGGUGACGGAGAAACGUCGGGCCGCAUAGGGAGUGUGGAUGUUACCGUGAUGCUUCGUCAGGUCCGUAUGGCCCUGGGUAUGAGGGACACCCCGGGAGCAUCCCACGUCACCCAGACCACCAGCCUGCCUCCGGAGAACCCGUCCACAAAGACCCAGAGGACAAAACAUGGAGAGGCGGCUACUCCUUUGCCCUGCUGCUCUGCAGACCGGCGAUCCUCCAACCUUGCUUCCACGUCUCCACAGGUCAGCGCCACCAGAUUCUCAGGUGAGAAGGGGUCUCCCAGAAGCCUAGCUCAACAACGAUCAACCCAAUUCCCCAAGGGAAGUAGUAACUCGUGGCUGACUGAGGGUGGUGAGGGAUCGCCCUCCGACGGACCUGGUGGCAGGCCCAUGGAUCCCGGAGGAGGGUUGGCUGUGCCCAGAAACUUGACACGAGACACAAGCAAAACCGGCACCCUUGAGCCUAACCUGACUGCUGCUCGUUGGAUAAGGAAAGGAGAGGCGGAGAAGGAGGCCGCGACUGGCACUAGUCUUAAACCCACAAAGGGAUCACAAAGGAGUGAGCUCUAUGAGGAGGCCAACCGGAAGAACCUGGAAAAGGUCAAAGGCAAGCCCAGGUUUGGCAUUGAGCUGGUGAACCCCUCCAUCGACGCAGAGGGACCGGUCGAAGACGAGGACUGGCCCCUAACCGGUAGCUUCCAAUGGUGCCCAGACCACGCCCCUGCAGCACCAUCCACGCCCUCCGUUCCGCAAGCCACGCCUUCCCGGGAAGUUGCUAGAGGUCUACCACCAGGGGCUCAAACACUGGGAUCGGAGUCACCCGGUUCUGCAUCCUGGGAUAUCCGGUCACCCCAGGCCCCCGUGUUAGUGAAGGCUGAACGGGAGCCGGAGCAGUAUGGUGAAGUAGUGGUCACUAAAGAGGGCAGGUUGAACACGAAGAAGAAAACGAAGCGGAAAAUGGAUAGCGAAUUGUGUCCCAGUGGGAAAAAGCAGAAGGUUACGUCAAACAAUGACAACGUCCAAGUGGACCAGUUGCUGGCCGUGUCUCUGAGGGAGGAGGAGCUGAGUGGCUCCUUGGAAACCCUGGACUCCUCCCUGAUCCAGGCCCGGAAUGCCCUGCAGGCCGCCUACGCGGAAGUGCAGCGCCUCCUGCUGCUCAAACAGCAGGUCUCCGCUGAGAUCAGCGUUCUGCGGGCCAAGCGUAUCGAGAUCCUUCAGGGGAUGCAGGGCGCAGCUACGGUUACGGUGCCCAUGACGACCACCCAGCAGCACCCACAGCUCCUCCUCACUCCCAGUCUCGGUGUCCCGCCCCCUCCCUCCUCCCCUUAUCUCAGUCGGACCCCAAUUUACCAGUCGUCCUCCUCCACCGGCCCCGCCUUGAACCCUGGCCCCGCCUUGAACCCUGGCCCCGCCUUGAACCCUGGCCCCGCCUUGAACCCUGGCCCCGCCUUGAACCCUGGCCCUGCCUUGAACCCUGGCCUCGCCUUGAAUCCUGGCCCCCCUGGCCCCGUCUUGAACCCUGGCCCCGUCUUGAACCCUGGCCCCGUCUUGAACCCUGGCCCCGUCUUGAACCCUGGCCCCGUCUUGAACCCUGGCCCCGUCUUGAACCCUGGCCCCGUCUUGAGCCCUGCCCCUUAUACGCCAGUCACCCUGCCCGUCAAGAACGAGCCUGUUUCCCACCCCGCCCCCUCAUGCAGUCCUGUCAUUCCACGCCAGCUUGUAAACCCUCCUUCCGUUUCUCCCGUACGCCUGCCCGCGCCCAUCCAGCCUGCCACCGCGUCGCUCCAACCGGCACCUGCUCCACACGCCGUGGGGCCAGUCAGCCAUCAGAGGGUGGCGGAGACCUCCGCCCCCUCCAUGUUGACCGGUGCCAAACAGCGGGAGAGUCAGCUGAAGGGGAGGCUGACGGAGAGGCAGAAGACGCGGAGCAAGGAGGCUGCCAGGAAGACCGUGUCCACGCAGGAAGACCAAAGUUCCACCGCCAGUUCCAGCAGCAGCAGCAGCAGCAGCAGCGACUCCGAGGACAGUGAGGAUGAGGAUCAGCAGGGGCUCGCCCUCACCCCUUUCGAAAAGUUAUGGGGGCGGGGCAAUCCCUUUAUGGAGGAGGAUGUGAGCGAAGGCGGCAACGGACAAGACAGUGACUGCUAUGUCGAGACCGUAACCGUGGAGUCCCAGACGAAAUCGGAAUUGGCUGUUGUCGCCAUCGAUGAUUCGGAUGUUGAGGAGAAAGCAACUGUCACUUCCUCCUCCCAGACAGCCAGGGUUCCUGAAGACAAAUUCGGACAGAACUCCACCAGCCACAGCAAACAGAGUUCGCCCCCGGUUACCGUGAAGAAGCAGAGUACGCCCUCACAGUCUGGAAACAUGGUCAAGGAGCAGGAGCCGUCUCUGGGGAGCUUUGAGGGCCACACCGGCCCGGUCCAUGACCUCCAGAUCCACGGGGGCCUGCUGUAUACAUGUUCAGGGGACAACACGGCGCGAGCCUACUGCCUAGUGACCAAGGUGUGCCAGGCGGUGUUUGAGGGCCACAUCAACAAGGUGAACUGCCUGCUGGUCUCCUCUCUGCCAGGCCUGCCGCCACGCCUCUACACCGGCUCCAGUGACCGCUCCAUCCGCUGCUACAGCCUCAAGUCAAAGAAGUGCCUUGAGCAGAUCUCACUGCCGGACCGAGUCCUGUGUCUGCACAUUCGCUGGAACAUUCUGUACGUUGGCCUCGCGAACGGAUCCGUGGUCAGCUUUGAGCUGAAGACCCUGAGGCAGCUGGAUGUGUUCGCGUGCCAUGGCCCGCGUGGGGUGAGCUGCAUGGGCACCUCUAACGAGGGCGCUCGCCGCAUCCUGCUGGUGGGCUCCUAUGACACUACCAUCAGCGUGCGUGACGCCAAGAGUGGCCUGCUGCUGCGCUCGCUUGAGGGCCACAGCAAGACUGUCCUCUGUUUGAAGGUGGUGAACGACUUGGUCUUCAGCGGCUCCAGUGACACAUCGGUCCACACCCACAACAUCCAUACAGGUCAGCUGAUCCGGAUCUACAAGGGUCACGGCCAUGCGGUCACUGCGCUGGCCAUUCUGGGGAAGGUCAUGGUGACGGCCUGCCUGGACAAGCUGGUGCGCGUCUACGAGUUACAGUCCCACGACAGGCUGCAGGUGUAUGGUGGCAACAAUGACAUGGUGAUGUGCAUGGUCAUCCAUAAGAGCGUGAUCUACACUGGCUGCUACGACGGAACUGUCAAGGCCGUGAAACUGAACUUAAUGCAGAACUACCGCUGCUGGUGGCACGGUUGCUCGCUGAUCUUUGCCGUUGGGGAGCAUCUCCUGCAACACCUGGUCUGUCACCACAGCCCCGCCCACGGGAGCAACUUCAAAUGUCGCUGGAGGAACUGUGACACAUUCUAUGCAGCGUGGGACAACCGUAAGGACCUGCCUGGACAUAUGAAGGCGCACAUAGAGAAGGACGGCAAGCUGCAGACAUAACAGGGUGGACUGGAGGUCUUACACUGGGGGGUGGGUUCGGCUGACGCUCGACUUGUGCUUCCUUGGUGUCGCCCUUCCAACCGCUACAUUCCUUGAUUUGAAUUACAGCGUCUGAUCUUCAGCUGGGAGUUGUAGGGUCAGUGAGAGACAUAGUGAGGAGGGAUGCAGAAAUGUCCUGAACUGAGAUGCUUCAUUGUGCAGAGUCCUUGAUCUACUUCCCAGCAAUUUAAUGAACUUGUAAUUACUCUUGUCGUUGUGUCUGUUUUCAGUUUGGGGGAAGAUAGUUCUGCAAUUCAAUGCUGACUAGUAUUAACGCAGUGACUGGAAAUCUGUGCGUACAGGUGUCAUACAAUCUGUUCCCAGAUACUUUCAGUAAUUGCUCAAAAGAUAGUUAGUGGUUGCACAAACCAAACCUGAGGUAACCUCUACCUUUUAAACUGAAGGCAGAGAUAACAAUGCUAUCCACAAGUUCAUCUGUCCCUAGGAAAGUAAAUGGAAUCCCAAAGUACAUCUAUAGUCCCCUAUUUUUCCCUAUUUUAGUAUUAAUAAUCAUGUUAAUGGGCGAUCUGGAGUUAAUAAAUUUUAGCCCCAAAAAAGUAAAUUUUCAUGCCAAGCUUCUGAAAACAGAUUUUUUUUAAGUCUGGCCAUUUUGAGGCAGAAUGUUUAAUUUCAGCCAGUUCUACGUUUCACCAAAACUUGCGUUGUCUUAGGGAGAUACUGCCCACCUUCACGUUCAGUAUACUGUUGGUAUUCCCAGGUAUGUGUUGGUCGUACAUGGCUCAAAGUUCCAUAAACCAGUUCUAAAUAAUUUGGUUUGGACUUUAUUUCAUUUUUUUUAGGUAGAUGUUUUUGACUGACUGGUUUUGUUGGGAAGGAUCAUUUCCAUUUGCUUUGCAAGAAGUUUUGCUGGAGACUUUUUAACGUGUACAUUUCAGUAAUUUAGCUGUCAUUCAUGUUGACUUACUGUUCCCGUGUUAGACCAGAGCUUAUUCUGGAGAUGUGACCAUGACAGACUGGGUUCUGGCUGACCAAUGAUUAUCAUUUCCAUUUUCCAGUGAGUAGUCGAAAGAGCAUCUCUCACAUUUUUAUCGAUCACACAUUUCUAAAUGGUUUUCAAUAUGUACUUGGGCUGUGUGGCAGCUUUGAAAAAACAACUGUGUGAAGUUAU